GAAGUUUGUCCCUCGUAAGCUGCCGUUGAUUGUGAAAAUAUCAGUGCUAUAGAAACGCAGCAGCUACAGGGCGAAAAUGAGAAAUUAUUCAAUCGUCAGAAUGCAGUCAACUGUAUAAAUUUCCUGACAACUUAAAAUAACAAUUGUCAGUCAGUUUACCUUCUGUGUAAAGGCGCGAGCAGCGGUAAAUCCACGUGCAAAGGACACACGGGCCCUCUGGUUGUGCUGUAUGAUGGAGUCAUGGGUGAGAUUCAGCGCGCAGAGUCAAGCCAAAGAGCGCGUGUUCAGGGCUGCCCAGUAUGCAUGCACGCUUCUGGGAUAUACGCUGCAGAAAGGAGGCGCGAGUGCAGAACUGCUCAACACUAUUAAACAUCUCGAGUCGCACAUGAGCUUGACCAGAAAACUGAUGCGGUUAGGGAACUCUGCAGAAGCUCUGGAGGCCGCCAAACGCUCUGUGCACCUGUCAGACUGUGUGCUGCGUCUUUGCAUCACGGUGACCCAUUUAAACAAAGCCAUGUAUUUUGCCUGUGAUAAUGUACUGUGGGCUGGUAAAACAGGAUUGCUUCCUGAGCUGGACCAAAACAAAUGGAGUCAGAGGUCAUUUAGAUACUACUUAUUCGCCCUCAUCCUCAGCCUGACCCGAGACGCAUAUGAAAUCCAUCUGCUGAUGGAGAGAGAGUCCCGCAGCAGUUCGGCUAAAAGCUUUAACUCCAGUUCUUCCCCCCUCACUCCCACCCCAGAGAACGGAGAUUUUUCUCUGACCGUCUCUCCAUCCUCAGCCCAGUCUCCACUGCCUCCUCUUCCCCUGAUAUCAGCCAGACUCAACAAGCAGCUGCACCUGCUGAUCACGGUCCUGCGAAACAACCCUCCACUGUUCCUGGACCUGCUGAAGAACCUCUGUGACGUUUUCAUUCCACUUGACCGCCUCGGUCUGUACCCUACUGGGCCGGGCAUCGUGGGUGCCUGCGGCCUUACGUCCUCUAUCCUGUCCAUCCUCAUCAUAGUUCACCCCUGGCUUAAACUCAAGCCCUGAGAGACUCGUCUAGGACUACAUACUUUGUUAAUGUAGAUCAAAAACUUGCGUGAAGUUUUGUAGAUAGUGGAAAGAAGAAGGUCUUCAUUCCGGUUUAAUUGCAUGUUUGGCAGCACAUUAGUUUCUGUAUGUGUGGAACAAACUAAAAAUAAUAGACGCUGUCGACUUGGUUAACAAAAAGCGAACAAUAAUGGCUUGUUUAAUGAAAGCUUUUAAAGUAAUUGAUGUCUGAGAACGGCCUAAUUUUGAGUGAAACUGUUUUCAUGUUACCCCAGAAUUCGUUGCAGAAGCCAUUUAGGCUCAAUUCAGCUCAGAAAUACAAGUGACACACUUGUCUCCAUAUACAAAUUACAACUUUCAUCUCUUUGAAUCUCACACAGAAAUGAGUAUUACUUUACCCAAAUUCUGAAAAGAAACAACUUACUUUUUUUUAUU